CACCUUAAGCACCUUAAGAAUAAUGGUGACUUAACUUACAAUGAAUCCCAAGAUAUAUCUAAUCCACACGUCUUUCCAAAUAGAGAUAUUAAUAGCAUGUCCAUUGAUUGUGCGGAUAACA